GUCUACAGGAGGUCGUGGGUUCGAACCCGGACCCUGACGAUGCCUGCUGCUGCUGUAGAUUUGGAGUCUGCGUUUCUUUCUCCCAUCAUCACGGUGGCUAGGAGAUGUUGACUACCUCGCCUUUUCUACAGGAGGUCGUGGGUUCGAUCCCAGACCCUGACGACGCCUGCUGCUGCUGUAUAUUUGGAGUCUGCGUCUCUCUCAUCAUCAUCACGGUGGCUAUGAGAUGUUAACUACCUCGCCUGGUGUGCAGGAGGUCGUGGGUUCGAUCCUGACCCUGACGAUGCCUGUUGCUGCUGUAUAUUUGGAGUCUGCGUUUCUCUCUCUCAUCAUCACGGUGGCUAUGAGAUGUUAACUACCUCGCCUGGUCUACAGGAGGUCGUGGGUUCGAACCCGGACCCUGACGAUGCCUGCUGCUGCUGUAGAUUUGGAGUCUGUGUCUUCCUCUCAUCAUCAUCAUCACGGUGGCUAGGAGAUGUUAACUGCCUCGUCUUGUAUACAGGAGAUCGUGGGUUCGAUCCUGACCCUGACGAUGCCUGCUGCUGUAUAUUUGGAGUCUGCGUUUCUUUAUCUCAUCAUUGUCACGGUGGCUAGGAGAUGUUUGACUACCUCGCCUGGUGUGCAGGAGGUCGUGGGUUCGAUCCCAGACCCUGACGACGCCUGCUGCUGCUGUAUAUUUGGAGUCUGCGUCUCUCUCAUCAUCAUCACGGUGGCUAGGAGAUGUUAACUACCUCACCUUGUCUACAGGAGGGCGUGGGUUCGAUCCCAGACCCUGACGAUGCCUGCUGCUGCUGUAGAUUUGGAGUCUGCGUCUCCCUCUCAUCAUCAUCAUCACGGUGGCCAGGAGAUGUUGACUACCUCGCCUGGUAUACAGGAGAUCGUGGAUUCGAUCCCGACCCUGAUGACGCCUGCUACUGCUGCAUAUUUGGAGUCUGCGUCUCUCUCAUUAUCAUCACGGUGGCUAUGAGAUGUUAACUACCUCGCCUGGUCUACAGGAGGUCGUGGGUUCGAUCACCAACCCUGACGCCUGCUGCUGUAUAUUUGGAGUCUGCGUCUCUCAUAAUCACGGUGGCUAGGAGAUGUUGACUACCUCGCCUGGUGUGCAGGAGGUCGUGGGCUCGAACCCAAUGCUGACGAUGCCUGCUGCUGUUGUGGAUAAGUUGGUGGAGUUCCCACACCUCAAUUGAAAACUAAUUUCUUUAGAACUGAUUUUUGUAUUUGUUGUCCUUCACCCCUGUUCCGAUUAUCACGGUGGGCUACGUACGGCGCGAAAGAAGUUCAACAUACAUACAUUGGACUGUCCACUACACAAUAAUAUACACUACACAAUAAUAUACACUACACUAUUAUGCAAUACAAUACUAUACACUUAUAUACAUUACACUACGAUACAGUACACUACUGUACACCACACCACUAUACACCACUAUACACUACACCACUACACACCACCACUACACACUACACCACUAUACACGACACUACUACCCACUACACCACUAUACACUACACUACUAUACACUACACCACUAUACACUACACUACUAUACACUACACCACUACACGACUAUACACGACACUACUACACACUACACCAAUACACACUUCACCAAUAUACACCACCACUACGCUACAUUGAGAAUUCAUUUCUCUCGAACUGAUUGUUAUUAGCUUGUUGUCCUUCCCCCGGCACCUCCGAUUUAGUACGGUGGGCUAUGUACGGUGCGAAAGAAGUUCAGCACGCACACAUAACAGCGGCGGAUUGACAAGGCAUCAGCUCUCGCUCCCUCCGUGUGCGUCACUGUGUGCCCUGCGCCGAAACUCUCCGGUAUUGCUGCAUGGUAUGUUAUAGGGAGCGUCCGUGUUUUCUCCUCUAGGUUUCGUAGCUAUCGGCGGUACUCUGCGCGCAGAAUUGAAGUGGAUUGACUGUCCCUUUGUGCCCUGGCGCCGAGGGAAACAUGAAAGAAGAAGGAGAGGAAGUGAAGCGGAUCUGCUGCCCAGUCUGCAACUGGGUGGUGGUCAGCCUGCCCGCCCUGGAGGACCACAUGAAGCGCCACAAGGGCCGGAUCGAGCCCGUGAUGUACCGGUGCCCCCACUGCCCGUACAGCACGGACAAUCUCAACGUCCUGAUCGCCCACCAGGCGACGCACGACGCGGGGGAGUCCCACAAGUGCGCCGAGUGCGGCAAGGUGUUCGUCGACGCGGAUGUCUUCCGCGAGCACCGGGCGAUGCACGACGAGGAGAAGCCCCACAAGUGCGCCGCGUGCGGAGAGGCGUUCGGCCGGGCGGAAGAUCUUCGCGCGCACCAGAGGAUCCACGGCGGGGCGCCGUACCGGUGCGGCGUUUGCGGGACGGAGUUCACCCGGCUGGAUUGCCUCCGCAGCCACCAGAGGACCCACACGGGGGAGAAGCCCUACCGGUGCGACGAGUGCGGCGUAACGUUCGUGUGGUCGGCGAGCCUCCUCACGCACAAGAGGAGCCACGCGGGCGAGAAGCCCUACCGGUGCGACGAGUGCGGCAUGACGUUCGCCUGGUCGGCGAGCCUCCUGUCGCACAAGAGGAUCCACACGGGGGAGAAGCUCUACCACUGCACCGUCUGCGGCAUGGAGUUUUCCCGCUCGGACUACCUGCGCAGCCAUCAGCGGACGCACACGGGCGAGAAGCCGUACAAGUGCGCCGAGUGCGGCGAGGCGUUCUCGCAGUCGGGCGCCCUCCUGGGGCACAAGAGGAUCCACACGGGCGAGAGGCCGUACAAGUGCGUCGAGUGCGGAAAGGCGUUCGCGCGGUCGUGGGCCCUCCUCGUGCACACGAGGACCCACGCGGAGGAGAAGCCGUACAAGUGCACCGUGUGCGAGAGGGCGUUCGGCCGGUCGGAUCACCUGCGCAGCCACCAGAGGACGCACACGGGCGAGAGGCCGCACGCGUGCGGCGUGUGUGGCAAGGCCUUCGCCGAGCCGGUGGCCCUGCGCGUACACAACAGGGUCCACACGGGCGAGAGGCCGUGCGUGUGUGCCGUGUGCGGGAAGGCGUUCUCGUGCACGGGAGCCCUUCGCACGCACACCAUGGUCCACACGGGCGAGAAGCCGUACAAGUGCGACCUGUGCGGGAAGGGGUUCCAGCGCUCGGGGGCGCUCAAUAAGCACAGGAGGAGCCACGCGGAGGAAAAGCGCGCCCGGAUGUUUGUGAAUCGGAGGCGGAAGCAGACGCGAGCUGCUGAUAGGACGGACGGAGCAAAGAUGAAGAUCUUCUGCCCUAUCUGCAAGUGGCUCGUGGUCAGCUUGCCCGCCCUAGACGACCACAUGAAGCGGCACAGGGGGUGUACCGAGCCCACGCUGUUCCGGUGCCCCCACUGCCCGUUCAACACGGACAAGCUGAACGUGUUCAUCGAGCACCAGGCGACGCACGACGCUCGCGCGUCGGACAAGUGCGGGAAGUGCGGCAAGGUCUUUAUAGACGCCGAGGUCUUCCGUGAGCAUCAGGCGGCGCACUCCGAGGAGAAGCCCUACAAGUGCACUGGUUGCGAACUGGCAUUCAGUCGGUCGCAGGACCUCGACGAGCACCAGAGGACACACGCCAGCAAGGAGCCCUACCGGUGCGGCGUCUGCAACGCGACGUUCGCGAAGGCGACGAGCUUCGUCUCGCACAGGAGCACGCACGUCAGCAAGAAGCUCUACCACUGCACCGUCUGCAGCAUGGAGUUUUCCCGCUCGGACCACCUCCGCAGCCACCAGCGGACGCACACGCGGGAGAAGCCGUUCGCGUGCGCCGAGUGCGGCGAGGCGUUCUCGCAGUCGGGCGCCCUCGUCCGGCACCAGAGUGUCCACACGAGCGAGAAGCCCUACAAGUGCUCGGUGUGCGGCAAGGCGUUCGCCCGGUCGCAGUACCUCCUGAUACAUAGGAGGAGGCACACGGGCGAGAGGCCGUAUGUGUGCGAUGUGUGCGGGAAGGCGUUCGCGCAGGCCAGGGUCCUCCUCGGGCACAAGAGGACGCAUACGGGCGAGAGGCCGUACGCAUGUGCCAUUUGCGGCAGGGCCUUUGCUGAGCCGGUGGCCCUACGCAUACACAACAGGAUCCAUACGGGCGAAAAGCCGUAUGAGUGCGCCGCGUGCGGGAAGGCGUUCUCGUGCGCCGGGGGGAUUCGCGCCCACAUGAUGGUGCACACGGGCGAGAAGCCCUACAAGUGCGACCUGUGCGAGAAGGCAUUCCAGCGCUCGGGUGCGCUCAAAACGCACAGGAGGAGCCACGCGGAGGAAAAGCCCCGAGAGUGAAAGCGCGCUCGCGGUUCGGAGAAGUCCCUCGCCUCUCAUGUUCGAGAAAUGAUGCCGGCACGGAGAGCUGAAAUACGAUAUUUAACCCAAAAUUUGAAAAACAGUUUGCCGGCUGGCUGGUUGGGCUGACACGCGGUGGUAAUGUCGCUCGCAUCCCACAGCAGCAUAGAGCCGGAGUUCGUGCAUCUUCAUGCCAGCACGCGUCCGCCUCUUACCGCCCGUUCGCGUGGCGAACUUGUUGUGACAAAAAAACAAUUUGGCCUCUCCAGCCGUUGCCCCACAGCUGUGGAAUGAGACCGGCCACGUAAAGUUCCAUAACACCCGCCAAGUCACGUACACGAACGUACGUACGUGUGUGUACGUUGAACUCCUUUCGCACCGUACGUAGGCAACCACGCAAAUCGGAGGUGUGGGGGGGGAAGGACAAUAAACGCACAAAGUAGUUCUAAAGAAAUUCGUUUUCAAUGUAGAUUUAAAAGUGCAUAGCUCCCAGUGGCUUUCUAAUAUCCGAAGGAAGAGCGUUCCAGAUGGCCGCAGAAACAGCGCUUCUGAAAGUGCAUGAUGCAGUGACCAUUUUGUUUGACGGUUAGCCCGAAACCGCUGCUGCUGCGAGAAUGACCGUAAUUCGUAUGAUGUUAGUUUAUGCUCCUUGACGAGAACAGUGAUAUAUUGUUGUGGUUCAUUUGUGGCAAACGCUUUGUGUGUAAUGAGCGCGGCGACCUGAAGGAAGAGCGUUCCAGAUGGCCGCAGAAACAGCGUUUCUGAAAGUGCAUGAUGCAGUGACCGUCUUUGUUCGACGGUUAGCCCGAAACCGCUUCUGCUGCGAGAAUGACCGUAAUUCGCGUGAUGUUGGUUUAUGUUCCUUGACGAGAACAGUGAUAUAUUGUUGUGGUUCAUUUGUGACAAGCGCUUAGUGUGUAAUGAGCGCGGCGACCUUUAUUAUAAUGUUUUUGUUCGGCAAAUGGUUAUGUAAGUUACGGCCAAAAUCACCAUCAGCAUGCACGAGUCGUCCCCGGUGUAUCGCGAAUCCGUUUGGCACAAACGAUUUACAAAGUUAGGGGCAGACGCCCGAUCACCGCGCUCGACGAUUUUACACCCUUGUUCGUGGGAUUUUUCAGAAGCCGAAAUUUUCCGCCACGUUCCCGCGUACAGUACAGUACCCGAGGGUGAGGAGGCAACACGCGCGUCGCGGGCGGCAGUGGUGACAGCGGCCGCAGCAGCGAGCCCCCCCCCCCCCACUCAGUCUUUGUACCACCUAGUGCUGGAUCGUGCGCGCACACGUGUUUUAUCUCACUCUUCUAUCCCUUUGCGUUUGCUUGAAUACUACUAUAACACUGGUCAACAUACUUUUCCUGGCAUAAGGUAUUCCAACGGUUUUAAGGUAAUGUUGGGGUGCUGAUUCCAAAUCUGGCAUCACUUUUUGUCUAUCAAAUCAAAUAUUGCAUUUUCAAUAAAAACUGCAGAAGAAAAAUAUUAACGAAAUGUGGAUAUCUACAUAAAAUGAUAUUAUAAACACACUAUCCUAAAAAUACAGCACCAAAUUUUAACACUAAAGCAGUCACUGACUCGCAACAACUUGCAAUCAUAAGUGACAGAGUUAAUUUCGGGUAAAAUCAAUGAAAAUGGGGUAUGCCGAUAGCAUAAAAUUAGAUGUGAUAGAGCAAAUCUGAGAUCAGAUUUGGAAUCGGCACCCUGAAAUUAGUCUAAAACAGCUGCAAAAGUCGA